GUGGGGCUCUUGUUCAGCGAUAUCGCUGGCUCGUAUAAGGUGGUCAUUCCGUCCUCGUGGACAGUCCGCAAACGCUGCGCAGGUCAGCCUCUUUUUCUGCUGCCUACUGCCACCAAACUUGAUUCUCCCCAAACCGGUCUCUCGUUCCACAGCAGCUUAGUCCUGCUACCCGUCCUGGUCUUUGCUUCAAGUCCAUCCUUGCCAGGUACGCUGAGGCAAGGAUCGAAGCACACAGCUCGAACCUCGGACAAGAAACCCCAACGAUCCAAUUCGCUUGCGGAGCACCAUGAAGAUACAAUCUUUGCUCAAUCCUUUCUGCGGCGACCACCAUGGUUACCGCAGUUCGGAGUCGCCCACUCCUGCAUCAAUGCCUCGUUCCGCAGCCCCAUUUAUCUCCGUCCCGAAGCGACAAAGGAUCCCGAAAGACGCUCCCAUCUUCUCAGAAGGAAACAAGAUAGUGGGUUUUGUCAACUACCCACCAUACGAGGCCGGCGACGAUAUGGAUCUCGCGGCUCAGCAUCGCAGGUUCCAGAUAUACCCUAUGGGCGAGAUCUUGAGGAAGGGUGUACGUCACAUCCCCUACAACAGUGACAAGAAAGACUUCCUGGAAAAGACCGGGAGAGACGCUUUUGAGAUGUUCCAGUACACGUACAAGAUACCGGGAGAAGACAAGGAGUACGUCGUGGUGUGGGACUAUAACGUCGGGCUCGUCCGCAUGACGCCGUUCUUCAAAUCCUUGAAGUACUCAAAAACAAUACCAGCCAAGGCUCUGCGGGAGAAUCUGGGGCUGAAAGACAUCAGCUACAGUAUAACAGGAGGCGCUCUCGUGUGCCAAGGAUACUGGAUGCCUUAUCAAGCGGCCAAGGCCAUAGCGGCGACCUUUUGCUACAACAUCCGAUGGGCUCUCACGCCCGUCUUCGGUAACGACUUUCCGACGAUGUGCGUCCAUCCGACGGAUCCCAACUAUGCUAAGUUUCUCAUCGAUCCGGAUAUCGUGCGGGAAUGCACCGAGGAAACAAACCGGUUCCGGAGAGAGGGUCCCUCCUACAAGACUGCAGCUCCGCAGCCAUCGGCCGAGCCAUACAGUCCAAAGCUGCAAUUUGGAUGCCCGCCUUGGGGGGUCAAGGUCGAUAAAGCUCAGCAUCAAAGAACCUCGGAGGAGGAAAGCGGAUACGCGAGUGAUACUCGGACAGAUCGAAGCGGAGACGAUGGGCCUCUCUUCUCACCACAAGUGUCUCCUCGAAGUCAGACGUGGAGGUCGGUCAACCGCUCUCAGUCUCCCGCAUCGCCAACCACCACAUUACACUCUCCGACUUUCGGUUCUCCACCAAGAUCUCUGCCACCUCUUCAUCAGCUGUUUCCGACUUCGGUGCCGGAUGGAUAUUACGGUGAGCCGUUUCGGACAAAGCGAACUCACUCGAAGGUCGCUUUCUGCGAUGAGCACGACGAUGAAGCAAGCCGUCUUCCGACAGAAGUCGCUACUGCAGACUCAGAUUCAGAGCAGAGGCAAGAAGAUGGCGGGGAUGGUCUUCACACGAGGCGAGAGCUCGAUGCUGCUAAGAUAAUCCUGCAGCUCAGUGCGGCCGAUAAGGCGCUCCCACCUACGAAGCGAACCCGCAGAAGCUCCAGGUACUGAACGAGACAUGCUCCAAACAUGAAGAACUAAAGCAGGAGGCGCGUUCCCUUUCCGUCACGCUCUGAGCAUCACUGCGCGACGUUUCUGGCGUUUCAACGUACUCAGCAUGUCGGCAAACUCGAUACACAUCAUUGCACGAGGCUAGGCUGUCUCUUUUCUUUUCCAUAUCGGCUGCAGGCGCUGGGGUUCGCCGCAGCGGUGUUUGGGAGUGGUUUAUUGGAUCUUGCGUUUCGUUUUGACGUUUGUGAUUCCCCAAAAUCAUGACCAAGCCUACCUGCCAAAGGACUGAGGGUUAUCGAACAGCAUCAGCAUCA